AUGUCCGAGACUGAAGAAAAUUUAAAUAUUCAAUUGAUUCAAGAAAUAUUAAACGAAAAUCCAAAUAAUGUAAAACAAUUGUUGGAAGAGGGAGCUGAUGUUUGGUAUAAAGAUGAUAAAGGUAAAAGCCCUUUACAUUUUGCAUGUGACAAUGGAAAUAAAGAGAUAGUUAGUUUAUUAAUUCAGCACGGCCAUCCUUGGAAUGUUAUCGAUAAUGAUAACGUAACUGCUGGUGAAUAUUCUAAGCGUAAUGGUCAUGAAGAAGUUUAUAAUAUGUUGGUUGAAGAAGGAUGUAGAGCUGAAUUAAUACUUGGAAUGAUUGAUAGAAAGGAAAAAAUGAACAAUUCAUCAAACCCAUCAAAUAUUGAAUAUUUAUCAAAACCGCUUAGAUAUUCUGAGGAUGGUAAAGAAAACCUUAAUAUUCUUAAUAUAGGUUUUGGUCUUGGAAUCAUUGACACUGAAAUUCAAAAAUACAAACCUCUCCAUCACACAAUUGUUGAAGCACAUCCUGAUGUUUAUAAAUUUAUGAUUGAACAAGGCUGGGAUAAGAAACCAGGGGUAAAAAUUAUAUUUGGUAGAUGGCAAGAUGUAUUGGAUGAGUUGUUAUUAACGCUGAGUGUAGAUGGUGAAAUGGGUUAUGAUGGGAUAUUUUUUGAUACAUUUGGUGAAUAUUAUGAUGAUUUGCAUGAUUUCCAUGAGGAAUUGCCAAACUUGCUUAAAUCUGAUGGUGUUUAUUCAUUUUUUAAUGGAUUGGGUGCCACCAAUCCAUUUUUUCAUGAUGUUUAUUGUCGAAUUGCAGAACUUCAUCUUGCUGAUGUUGGACUUUGCACUCAAUUUGUUGAGAUGGCUGUCAAUUUAUCAGAUGUUGAAAGUAAAGAAAUCUGGAAAGAUGUAAAAUCUAAAUAUUGGACUUUAAAUACUUAUCAUUUACCAAUUUAUGAAGUCAAUUGGAAUGAUGUUGAAUCAAUUUAUAGCUGGAUAAAACCAUUGAAGCAUUCUGAUGAAACUUUUACACCCAAAGUUCUAGAAGUCGGAGUGGAGUUUGCCAAAGAUUUAAAAACCUCAAGACAAAAGACUGAAACAACCACCCUAUCCCCCGUCUUGGCUAAUGGACCAGGCAUAGGAAAAAAUGACAAAGAACUUUUAGAUGUGAUCAAAAAUCGAAUGUACACCGUCAAUGUUACCUUUGGAAAUAGCACUGUUGCAUCACCAGAAGAUGAGAAAUGUAGCCAUAAGAUUAGCCAUGCACUUGGGGUUGUUCUCAAGGAUGUUAACAGUGAUAGGAAUUUUGAUAAUUAUAUUAAAUUUAUUGUCCUCAGCAUUAAUGAGCUAAACCUUUUGCACAAGUGUGGUAAAGAGUCAGAUCCCCAAGGAAAUCCAGCUCGUCAAAUUGUACAUUCUGCUGGAAGUUUGGGUUGCAGUAGCGGAGAUAUACUCUAUCUACCAAUCUUAUCUGGCACAAUUCAGGGUCCUCUUGAAGAAGUGUUCAGAGAAUCAACAUAUAUUUAUUUUCACUUACCACUUUGCCUUCUUCAAGAUGAGGAGGUGUGGAAUAUUAGCAAAGUAUUGCUGACUCCGAACUCUCACUAUCAAACUAUAUCAAUAAUAACAAGACCUUUAAUUGCUGCGUUAGUGACCUUGGUGGACAGUGGAAAUCAUCUGGAUCUUUUUUAUAAUGAUUUAUCAAAUAAAGUCAAGCGUAAAACAAACAAAGUUGAUUUUGUGCAUUGUAUAACAAAUGUCAAGGGACUAAUUUUAGAUCUAUAUCCAUUUGGGCAACUUGCAAACAUUAUAACACCAGCAAUUGCAUAUUAG